AAAGGCGACGACUAGAGCUGUGUUGUCCCCGGAAGUGCCUUCCCUCUCGGGUCUGCGCGGACGCGGCCUCCUUACCUCAUUUGUCCUCGCCCCUCCCCGUCCCUCUACGCGUUUUGGUUCCCGGUUGGUGCUUCCUGUUCGCAGCUGCGGCACUUCAAGGUUACUGACUUUUUAUGAUGUUUGGUGGCUAUGAGACUAUAGAAGCAUACGAAGAUGAUCUUUAUCGAGAUGAGUCAUCUAGUGAACUGAGUGUUGAUAGUGAGGUGGAAUUUCAACUCUAUAGCCAAAUUCAUUAUGCCCAAGAUCUUGAUGAUGUCAUCAGGAAGGAAGAACAUGAAGAAAAGAAUUCUGGGAAUUCGGAUACUUCGAGUAGUAAACCAAAUCAGAAGAAGCUAAUCGUCCUUUCAGAUAGUGAGGUCAUCCAGCUGUCAGAUGGGUCAGAGGUCAUCACUUUGUCUGAUGAAGACAGUAUUUAUAGAUGUAAAGGAAAGAAUGUUAGAGUUCAAGCACAAGAAAAUGCCCAUGGUCUGUCUUCUUCUCUUCAAUCUAAUGAGCUGGUUGAUAAGAAAUGCAAGAGUGAUAUCGAGAAGCCUAAAUCUGAAGAGAGAUCAGGUGUAAUCCGAGAGGUCAUGAUUAUAGAGGUCAGUUCAAGUGAAGAGGAAGAGAGCACCAUUUCGGAAGGUGAUAAUGUGGAAAGCUGGAUGCUACUGGGAUGUGAAGUAGAUGAUAAAGAUGAUGAUAUCCUUCUCAACCUUGUGGGAUGUGAAAACUCUGUUACUGAAGAGCCAGUUCUGGACCUGAAAUCUUACUUCCCCCCUCUCUCUCUGCUUGGUACCACAGGAGAAGAUGGUAUAAACUGGUUCAUCAGUGACAAAGACAUUGAGGCCCAGAUAGCUAAUAACCGAACACCUGGAAGAUGGACCCAGCGAUACUAUUCAGCCAACAAAAACAUUAUCUGUAGAAAUUGUGACAAACGUGGCCAUUUAUCAAAAAACUGCCCCUUACCACGAAAAGUUCGUCGCUGCUUCCUGUGCUCCAGGAGAGGACAUCUCCUGUAUUCCUGUCCAGCCCCUCUUUGCGAAUACUGUCCUGUGCCUAAGAUGUUGGACCACUCAUGUCUUUUCAGACAUUCCUGGGAUAAACAGUGUGACCGAUGUCAUAUGCUAGGCCACUAUACAGAUGCUUGCACAGAAAUCUGGAGGCAGUAUCACCUAACGACCAAACCUGGACCACCCAAAAAGCCGAAGACCCCUUCAAGACCAUCAGCCUUAGCAUAUUGCUAUCACUGUGCGCAAAAAGGCCAUUAUGGACACGAAUGUCCAGAAAGAGAAGUGUAUGACCCGUCUCCGGUGUCUCCAUUCAUCUGCUACUAUGAUGACAAAUAUGAAAUUCAGGAGAGAGAAAAGAGACUAAAACAAAAAAUAAAAGUACUCAAGAAAAAUGGGGUUAUCCCAGAGCCAUCCAAGCUACCUUACAUAAAAGCAGCAAAUGAGAACCCCCACCAUGAUAUAAGGAAGGGCCGUGCCUUGUGGAAAAGCAACAGGUGGCCUCAAGAAAACAAAGAAACACAAAAAGAAAUGAAGAACAAGAAUAGAAACUGGGAGAAGCACAGGAAGGCUGACAGACAUCGUGAAGUGGAUGAGGAUUUUCCCAGGGGCCCCAAAACCUAUUCUCCUGGCAGUUUUAAAACCCAGAAGCCUUCCAAGCCCUUUCACCAUUCAUUGCAUUACCACACGUCAAGAGAAGACAAGUCUGCCAAGGAGGGCAAGAGGGGCAAGCAGAAGAAAAAGGAGAGGUGCUUGGAAGAUGAUGACUAUGAUAACUUAUUUCUUAUUAAGCAGAGAAAAAAAAAGUCUUAAGCCGUCAGGCAGCCUCUAAUGUGGCUUUUCAUUGUUCAUUUGGCCUUUGUGUCUAUAACCUUCUGGCAUUGUGUUUAUUAUCUAUGAUUAAAUAAAGUGAGUUUUUGGUUUUGUUUUUUUAAUUUCAGCCAUUCCUAGAGUUACUGAAUAUCCAUGGAGGUCUCAAUUCUCUGUGUCCAACAGGAUAUUAGGUAAGAAAGUACAAAGAUAAACAUGGACUUCUCCUAUUCCAGUAUGUCAUCUUUACUCAGAAUCCUAGGGAUAGGUAGAAGAAUUCAUCUUUUCAAGAAAACUUUUAAAAAAUACUUUGGAAAAAAAAACUGCAUCAAAGGUAAUUCAUCCUCAACAUGAGUAUGAAAUUAAAUCCUUGCAGGAAGAGAAAUUAACACUAAGAAAAAGUUAUCAAUAUUUUUCAACUUUUUUUUUUUUUUUACAUUGGAAAGGACAAUAACUAUAUAUCUAUAUCCAGAUUUUCUUGCUGCUGAAGCUGUUGUCAGAAUCUUCCUUUGGACAAAACAUCACUAGCUGACUAUAAAAACAAAAGUGUCAUCAUUGAAGCCCUGAAGAGGCAGGGAAUUGAGCUUCAGCAAAAUACAGGUAAAGAACUAUCCAGUAUAAAUGUCAGAAGACAGAUUUCCUAAACAAGUAAAAGAGACAUCAAAAAUUUUAACAUAAUCACAAUGAAAUCAUUUUUUACCACUUUUACAGCAGUGUUUCAAGCAGACUGUCACUCAGAUCUGUAGAGAUGAAUAUUACUCAAAAAAUUGUUUUGUUCUCUUGCAUUUUUUUCAACUACUGCAAAGCUAUACAGAUUUUUUUGUACUUGUGGAUCUUUUAUACUUCUCAUAGCCUAAUGUCAGAAUAAGAAAAAUUAAAUAUCUGAAAGAGAGUAAA